AUGGAUCAGAAUAAAGAAAAGCCAAUUGGUAAAGGAAGAGGAACUUUCUUGUUAAAAAUGUUACUAGAAAAAGAAAAAGAAAAAGAAAAAGAAAAAUCUGGACAUGAAACCAUAGCACAAUCUGUAUCAGCUGUUGCUAGUAGUUCUAAAGACCAAACCCAAAAACAUUCUGAUCUCACAUUUACAAGUGAAAUACCAAUAAGUUCUCCAAUGGGACUAGGUAGAGGUAAUUUAUUAAAUCUAAUGAAAACAAUGACACCUAUAGAAAUGUCAGAUUCCAAGCCACUGGUAUAUCCUAAGCCAAUGUCAGUAGUUGGUCAAGGUAGAGGAUCUUUGCUUAGUAGACUUAAAUCUGCUAGUUUAGUGGAGAAGCCCUCAAGUGUACCUGCAUCACUCCCAGAUGAUGCAGGAGUUUUGGGAAAAUUAUCUGAUAUUACAGCACAAGAAAAUAAAACACCUCAAGAGAAAACAGUUUCUUAUCAAGGAACAGGUGGUAAAGUAAUACAAUUAAGUGCCAAUUAUAUAAAUCUUAAACUAGAUCCUACAAAAGGGUUGUUUAAUUAUGAAGUUAAAUAUAAUCCUGAUAUUGACUCCCGACCUCUUAGAAGAAAACUCCUUAAUCAACAUUUACAAGCAUUGGGUCGAACAAGAGUGUUUGAUGGAGCUAUAUUGUAUUUACCAGAGAAGUUAAAGGAAGCUAAAACAAUAUUUGAAUCUACACAUCCUAUGGAUGGGAGCAAAGUAAACUUAACUCUAAUAUACAAAAAACAGCAAUCUAUGUCUGAGAAUAUUGCAUUUUUUAAUGUCCUACUUGGCCGUGUUAUGCGUGCUCUUAGUUUAAUUCGCAUUGGUCAACAUAGUUUUAAUCCAAAAGGGGUACAUGCUGUACCACAACAUAAACUGGAAGUAUGGCCUGGUUAUGUAACAACUAUUAAUGAAUAUGAUGGAGGUUUAAAAUUAUGCAUAGAUGCGCGGCAUCGUGUUAUGCGUACAGAAACAGUGCGUGAAAUAAUGAUGAGGUUUGGAAGUAAACCAAAUUUUAAAGAUGCUGUUAUGAGAGAACUAAUUGGACUAUCUAUUUUUACAAGAUAUAAUAAUAAAACUUAUCGCGUUGAUGAUAUUGCAUGGGAUAGAAACCCAACAUAUGAAUUUGAUAAAGAAGGUGAAAAGAUAUCUUUAAUACAUUAUUAUAAACAUCAUUGGAAUUUAGAAAUAAAGGACAGAAAUCAACCACUUUUAGUUCAUUGUGCUAAACGCAAAUUACCUACUGGUCAAACAGAAGAAAAUCAAAUAUUGUUGGUUCCUGAAUUAUGUUAUACAGCAAGUUUAAGCGAUAGCAUACGUUCAGAUUUUAGAGUAAUGAAAGAUCUCGAUGAAAUAACUAAAAUGUCUCCUAAUGCCCGACGUGAUGUAUUCAGACAUUUUAUACAAGAAAUACAAAAUAAUGACGUACCACGAGAAAUAUUAGCAGAUUGGGGUUUACAUUUGGAGACUGAUGUAUUACAAUUUAAAGGCAGAGUUCUCGAACCUGAGAAUAUAUUUUUUGGUAAUGGAGCAAAAUUUAUAUGCCCACCAAAUAAACCUGUACAAUGGAGUUCUGCAGUGUGCAGGAGUACUCUACUGAGGACUCCCAGUUCGAACCACUUCUGUGUCUUAUAUUGUAACAGAGACACAAGAUGUGCACAAGAGUUUAUCGGUAUGUUAAAAAAGGUUUCAAAAGUUAUAGGUAUGACUAUUGGAGAACCACAGGCUAUUCCCUUGAAAGAUGAUAGGAUUGAAACGUAUGUACACGCAUUACGGAACAACAUUCAACAAACAGUUUCUUUAAUGAUCGUUAUAUUUCCAACCAAUCGAACAGAUAAAUAUUCUGCAGUAAAGAGGGUAUGCUGUGUAGAAAUGCCUGUUCCUUCGCAAGUUAUUAUAUCCAAAACUAUUUCUCGUAGCGACAAAUUAAAGAGUAUAACAGAAAAAAUUGCUUUACAAAUUAAUUGUAAGAUAGGUGGAGCUCUUUGGGCAUUAGCUAUACCUAUGGAGAAUUGCAUGAUUUGUGGAAUAGAUGUAUAUCAUGCAGGUGUUGGUCAAUCAACCAAAGGAAGUGUUGCAGGUUUUGUAGCAAGCCUAGAUAAAUUAUUAACAACUUGGCACAGUAAAGUUUCUUUGCAAGGUAAACAUCAAGAAUUAGUAGAUAUGCUACAAAUUUGCUUAAUUUCAGCAGUAAAAGCUUACUAUAAAUAUAAUAAGCGUUAUCCAGAUCGCAUUAUUGUAUACCGAGAUGGCGUUGGUGAGGGGCAAAUUGACACUGUUGCUCGAUAUGAAGUAAAACAAUUGUUAGCAGCAUUUAAAAAUAUAGAACAAAAUUAUCAACCAACAUUAACUGUGAUAGUAGUUCACAAACGCAUUAAUACACGGAUAUUUGCGAAAUGUUCUAUGGGACUAGAGAAUCCUCCACCGGGAACAAUUGUAGAUUCCUAUAUAACAAAACCUGCUUAUUAUGAUUUUUUCUUGGUAUCACAGAACGUUCGUGAAGGUACAGUAUCACCAACUCACUAUAUUGUUGUUUAUGACAAUAGAAAUAUGAAAGCCGAACAUAUACAACGAUUAACGUACAAGCUUUGUCACUUGUACUACAAUUGGCCUGGUACUAUAAAAGUUCCUGCUCCUUGUCAAUAUGCACAUAAACUUGCCUCCCUUGUUGGGCUGCAUUUACAGUUAGAACCACAUCAGUCACUGGUUGAUACAUUAUAUUACUUGUAA